AUGCCGCCUUCACUCGAUAACGACAGCAUCAAUACUCCGAGCAGUAGCCCCCAAUCCCAACCCGGUAGGUUGACUCAGAGGGGAUCGGCAGCCGCAGGUCACAUAUCCACGAGGAACAGGAAGAAGAAUGGGACGGCGAAGGAUACUGGCGGUAAUGGCGUAUUGGCAGCGGUGAACAAAAAUGCUGCAAAGAUGUCUACCAGGAACGCGAAGUCAUCAGCAGCAACUCCUACUGAGUCACCGGAGAGCGAGCCGCAAGACUCUCCUCCAAAUGGCAAUCCAGUCACGUCCCCUUUGUUGGAUGCCCUCUCAUCGGCCACCAUAGCCCGGUCCUCGACGCACAACACCAAUGAGUGGGCAGAUAAUGUCCCUGCGUAUUCAAGCUCUCCCAACAACCUUAUAAGUCUAGGAGACUCUCCUCCGAUUUUGCCCUCUUCCUAUGAGGAACGGGUUACUGGAUCUGACUGGCCGACAAGAGAGCAAAGGACGGUGGCAAACGCCCAUCUCGCCUCAGCCUCUCCGCCGGCAAAUCGACGUCGGCCCCUGAGCUACCAAAUGGAUGGAGCUUCUGGUCAAGUUCCCGAUGACCACCGCUCUCAAGUAUCGUCAUACGCUGCUCGGCGAAGCUCGAUGUAUGCCCAACAUCCUAGAUACGCCCAACACCCUCCGCUUCCCCAUCAGGCCCAAGCUCAUUUCUAUGGAGCUCCUGAUGCCAAUCUCUUGCUGUCGCCACCCGGGCCUGGCCUUGUUCCUGGGGAGAACGGGUGUUAUUGUGGCUUUGAUAGCCUGCCUGUCUCUCAAGAUGCCUCGAGAUCAGCCGAGAAGGUCAUCCUGACAGGAUAUGAGGGGGGGAUUAACAUCCAUACAGUCACCAAAAGAGGCCUCAAGAAAAGUGCAAGUCUUGAAGGACUUCGGGGUGGGGUAUAUAAUGCGAAGAUCUUGCCAUGGAACAUCUUAGGGAGAGCUUCUCAGCAUUUCCCAUUGAUUGCCGUUGUAAUACAUGGGCCGGCUUUGACAUCAGGUGGCUCACCCAGUGGCUCGGAAGCCGGACCCUCACCCGAUGGAAUCUCUACGACCCAUAAUGGGAGUGUUCGAGGUUCACCGAGGGCCUCUGGCCCACCAGCUCAUGAUAAUGGAACUGUUGAAUUCUAUCAGACCACCGUGGAGGUUUAUUCACUAGGCACUAAGCAACACGUGGCUACGUUGUUGUCAAUUUCCAAAACACAGAUCUCUAUUCCGACUACUAGCCCGCUGUUCAAGCCUCCUCCGCCAGCCGGGGCCUUGACCAUUCACGCAGAUGAAGGCAACGUUGUUCUUGCGUCCGGAACUACGGGAGAGACUUGGAUCUUCCGCCAGAAGGUGUCUGCGCGAGGCACACCCGGCGAGUUUAAGUGCAUUGGUAAAGUCUGGACUGCGGUGCAACAUGGAGUCUCCGUCGAAACCCCAGGACUUAGCGGACUCGCAGAUGGUGAUUGGUACUCUACAGAAUCUAUGGAGCAAAAGCAGUACAAGGCGUCAAUUUUAUCAUUGAGGGGGCGGUGGCUGGCUUAUUGCCCUUCUGCUCCGUCCUCCCAAGUUUCCCUACGCGCCACUGUUCCAGGCAUAUCCUCCAUGAAAAUUCCUGGGCUCGCUGCACAAGCACCACCGCAAUUGCCCUCGAUAAACUGCACGGUUGAGACUCCUGAAGGAGAAAGUAUGGUGAAGCAAAUCAUGCAAGCCGGCACGCAGGCGCUGAUUGAAGGAACCACGUAUAUUGGGAAGCAGCUCGGAAAACAAGGAGCUCAAGCUUGGAACAACUAUUGGAAUAAGCCUCCUUCAAGCCAAGCAGCAACUGGCGGUAUGGCAUAUCAUACCCAGCCAAAUGCGGCGCAUCAGUUUCCCCCUACCCACGGCGUUCCAACUCAAGCACCUGCGGUUGCAAAGGAUCCAGGCUUGGUGUCGAUAUUGGACCUCGAGUCGCUGGCUCAGCACAACUCAUUUUCAAACCCACCUCAUCCCCUAUCCACGUUCAAGAUCCCUCACGGAUGCAGCUUUUUGUCCUUUGCUCCCAGUGGUCUAGCCCUGUUUACAGCUAGUAGCAAAGGAGAUAUACAAUGCGUCUGGGAUCUCAUGCGGGUGCAUUUUGCGAAGUCGUCAUUUCUGAAGGCAGGCUCCCAAGGAUCGGAAAGUAGAGGUCCUCAUGUAAGACAAAUUGCACAAUUUUCACGAAUGACUAUCGCUAGAAUUGUGGAUGUCGCAUGGAGCUCACCUCAUGGCGAGCGUGCUGCAAUGGUCACGGAACCUGGAACGGUCCACAUCCUUGACCUACCAGCAAGUGCCUUCACUUGGCCACCUCCCCGCCGGAGGAUUACUUCUACAAAAUCUGAAGAGUCUACUGGCGAUAUUGCCGGUACAGGACUUACGCCUGCUGGUGUAGCUACCAACGCAGUUAAUUCUCUCUGGACUGUUGCUCGGCCUCUGGUAAGCCGUCGCCGUCGAAGCAGUUCGGGUAUAUCGGCAAAAACCAUGACUGCUCAAGCGGGACAUGGGACUCAGAUAUUGGCUGCCGGAAUCAGUCGAUCUGUAGGUGCUGCUACUGGAAGGAUGAAUGAGAUGCGCAAAUCCGGGAAUACCAAGUUGCACCUCCCACGCAGCGUAACCAUCCCCAGCAAAUCAUGUGUUCUGCUAUUGAACCGAAGGCGGAGCGAUUCCAUUAUCGUGGUAGGUGGAGGUGUUGUUAGGUUCUAUACUAUUAAGAACCGGAGAGCAGAUCGCCCUGCAGACAAGCAAAAAGCAUCUCGAGGAGCUAAAUACGUCGAGUUUCGACUUCCUUCUCUGCCAGAUUUCAAGGUCGCACCGGGCCCUAUACGGGACUUAGACCAAGUCAGCGAUCUUGGAGGCACCGGUGGAGAUGUUGAGGAUCAUCGAUGGAAUCUCAGGAAAUCACCACCACAGGCAGUACGUCAGCAUGGAACUGAGCCAUCCAUCCCGCAGGCCGAGAUUGAGUCUACUGCUCCAUAUCAGCCAUUCCAUUCUGAUCGGCGAGUUAGCUUGCAUGUAUACUCCUCUGUGGAGGCAUCCGUUUUCACUUCGUCUGCUUCUGGUCUUCUUUCACCGUCAACAAACAUGAAUAAGUCAGCAUCAGCGCCAGUUAGAGGGGGUAGAACGCCUUGGGCCUUUGGUGGCGCUAUCAAAACCACAAAACUUGACGUUGGGCCUGUACAUGUUGCGGAUGAUGACCUAGAUGUUCCCGUCGAUCAUCGUGCUCUCCCAACCUCAGCAAUCGAAAGGAUCUGGAUGGUAAAGGACCACAAUAAGGAAAUGGAGCAGAUCGUGGUUACCACCAGACGGCGUAAAGGCAUCUCCCGGUCCGGCACCGAAGCUACUGAUGCAGAUGAGGAGGGGUUUUUCGAAGAUGACUGCGAAGUCCUUGAUUUUGCGAGCCAAAGAGUGUGA